UUCAGGGAUGAAGCUGAUUUCCUUGGAGACCGAAUUGCUAUUAUGGCAGAUGGACAGUUGAGAUGCUGCGGCAGUUCUUUGUUCCUUAAGAGCAGGUAUGGUGUUGGGUACCACUUGACGCUGGUGAAGAAGGAAAAUUGCAAUCAGAAUGCAGUUACAAGUUUGAUCGUGAAUCAUGUCCCCGAUGCGCAGUUACUCAGCAGUGUUGGUGCUGAAAUGGAGUUUGUUUUAAGCAGUGAACAUUCUCAUGGCUUUGAAAUACUUUUCCAAGAAAUAGAGAGUAAGUUCAAAGAACAGCAGGUAGAAUGAGUAACUGGAAAAUAAGUCGACCUCUCUACACUGUCUCCCUGAAGAAGAGAGCUAAGAGGCCACUUGAAAGAGGUGGCUUUCGUCCGGAGGUUUGACAUGAAUGAUUAAAGAGGUCGCUGUGAGGUGGAAUGAAAUUCAACCCUGCUCAUUAUAUAUAGAUAGGUGGCCAUUAAACAGAGGUGACUGUAGCACACCGUUGACUGAAGGCGUUAUUUUGGCCAGUUGAAGGAUCUACAUCUGCAAUUCCUAAGGAAACAUCUCAUUAUUAACGUUUCCUUCCAUUAGUAAAUAUUUCCAAGAGUGCUAAGUUUAGACUUGACGAAG